GCGGCGAGCUCGCGGGCGGUGCCGGGGACGGGCAGGAGGGACAUGGGCGCGUAAAGGGCGGCGCGGUUCGCCACGGUUCGGCUUGGGGACGGUGUGAGGGAGCGGCGGUCGGCGGCGGUGUCGGGGGAAGAUUCUCUUUAACGUGGUUGCUUGCAAGUAAUAGUUCCUCAUCAUGGCUGAACUAUCGCCUGAAGAAAUCCAGCUGAGGGCCAACCAGGUCACCGAUGAGUCUUUGGAAAGCACAAGGAGGAUUCUUGGCCUGGCCAUUGAGUCUCACGAUGCUGGCAUCAGAACUAUCACCAUGCUGGAUGAACAAGGAGAACAACUGAAUCGCAUAGAAGAAGGCAUGGACCAGAUAAAUAAGGAUAUGAGAGAAGCUGAGAAGACACUGACAGAGCUCAACAAAUGUUGUGGGCUCUGUGUCUGUCCUUGUAACAGGACAAAGAACUUCGAGGCUAGCAGGGCAUACAGAGCAACCUGGGGAGAUGGAAAUGAGAACUCGGCAGAUCAUGUGAUAUCCAUGCAACCAAGAAGAAUAAAUCAGCAGCAGUUUCAGACUGCAGGAGGACCAAGUGGUGGAUACAUUACAAGGAUAACAAAUGAUGCCAGGGAAGAUGAAAUGGAUGAAAAUCUUGCUCAAGUGGGAAACAUUCUUGGGAAUUUGAAAAACAUGGCUUUGGAUAUGGGCAAUGAGAUUGAUGCCCAGAAUAAACAAAUAGACCGGAUAAAUGAAAAGGCUGAUACAAACAGGGAACGCAUUGAGCAAGCCAACGUCAGAGCCAAGAAACUAAUUGACAAUUAAAGCCUGCCAUCAUGGUUAAUGACACUGUCUCUCCAGCUGCAAGCCACCAUAUUCAUGGAUCUGUGAAACUUCUCCUAUUCUGAAAUAAGAGGGGCUUGGUAAAAGGAAGCAGAACCCUAUCUGUAGGGAUUAAUUGUCUUUUAUUUUUUAUAUUGCUUCGUGUAAACAUGGCCUUGACUCCAAGAAAGCAGCCAACAACAUAACUUCCUGCUACUCAUCUGUCUUCCCUUUGUUUAAACUGCUCAGGGCUAAAAGUGUUAUGGCUUUGAGAAUCAUCUUGCAUGUUUCCUUUUUUUCCUUUUCACCCCCACACCCAAAAUAGUCUUUUAUUGAAGUUGAACAAGCAGAGUAACCUGAAUUCACAGUUGUGGGAAGUUGGAGAGGGCACUUUGCACUGUUUGAAAUACCUCAUGAAUUGAGUGUCUUCACUAAAAUAGGGACUUUGUGAAUAUUGUCUGACUUGUAUCUCUAGCACGCUAAUGAUAAUUUUACAGUCUAAACCACGUGAUUGGUUUGGGGUUGAGUUUAUCAGUUACAGAAUUAAAGAGGCCCACUGCUUAGUACUUGUGGGUUGAGGGCUUUAAAACACUCCUAACCACACGAACUUUAGUGUAAAGGUAACUAGAGGAAUAUACAGGUUUCCAUUUCUUUACUGUAAAUCAACAUUGGUUUGGAGGCCAUGCCUAGAAAUCAUGCUGCAUUGUUCUGAUAUUUGUUGUGAAUAUAUGUACCUGCUCUAAACCCCACACGCAUAUGAGUAGAACGAAAUAAAACUAUCUCCCUAAAGUAUUUAUUUGAUGGAAGAUUUUAUGCCCCUGAUCUAAAAGUUAACUUUUAAGUGUUUGAAUGAUGCAUCUUAACUGGAAGAAACUGAGCAGAAAAGCAGGUGUCUUUCAUGCUGCAUCAGAGUCCAUUUUGGCCAGUUUUCACUGGAGUUCAGUUUAUGCCUUUCUCCAGUGCAAAAUAAUGACUGAUGUGGUGCAGUUUGCUCUCAGCAGUGACUUUGUACUGAAAACAGAGAAGCUUAUUAUGAAACUUCUUUGUCACAAGUGUGGAGGAAGCAGUACCUAUUUAUGAACUGUAUGCUAGUUCUAAAUAAACUAGUUUUAAAUAGAUUCCUGACUGAUUUAUUAUUGCAGACCAUGGGACCUGCAGUUGGAAAUAUUACAUGUUCACGUUGCUUGCAACUAUGAUGUUCCUGUUGUGUUGCAGAAUAGAGGAGUUUCUGACGAGGUGAGGUAAAGCUCUCUUCCUGUGAAGAAAAAUGGUUUGGUUUUACUGUGAUUUAGUCAGAUUUAUUUCCAGGAUUUUCUUGAAAAAUUUUGGCAAAUAAAUCACAAGUGAUCUGUAUAAUUUUAACAUCACCCACAAUAAUGCCUGUCUUAAAGGUGAAAAUAGUGCUUUGGAGUAACUAUUAAUAGAUACUUAAUGUUGGAUGGCGGGAAGUCUUCAAACCAAAUUGAUUGGAGGAAUAAUGAAAACAAUUUCAUUAUCAGGUGGGUUUUUUUUGGAAGCACACCCCACAAGUAUCCUGUAACCAUUGAUACUGAAUCCCAGGGCUAUCGAGAUGACACUAAUCUGCUGAAAUGCAGUGUUUUUUUCUUUAUAGUAGAAAUACAAUCAGCAUUACUGGUAUAUUCUCAGUUCACUCACAGG